GUUCCACAUUCAUUAACAGGCUAAUAACUUCUAUUUAGCAGAUUCCAACUUCCUUCAGUUCUUUUUACCACUCUCUACUUGAGCAUUUAAUAUCCAGUUCGGUUGAUCCGACAUAUUACAUUCACCAUGAAGUACAUUCUCGUCGCCUCUCUUCUUUCUUCUGCAGUUCUUGCUGCUCCCUUUGCCCAGCAGGGUAACCGUAAUGGUAAUGGCGGCAAUAACAAUGGCGGCAAUAACAAUGGCGGCAACAACAAUGGUGGCAACAACCAGGCUUCCCAGCAGCAGCAGGGCAAUGGCCAGACACAGCAGCAAGGAACACAGAACGUGAACACCGGUGCUGGUGCUGGUACCCUUGGCACCAAUGGCCAGACACCCACCGCUGGUGACCUCGCCACCGCUGUCUCCAACUGGAUGGCCGACACCUCCAUGGUCUCCAACUUCCUCAACACCGGCGCCAGCAUCCAGAACAAUGCCGCCUUCAAGCAGGCGGCUCUCGUCGCCUACAACGCCGAGGUCGAUGAGCUCAACCACAAGGCCAUCAUCGAUGCUGCCAACGCUGGCCAGCCCAACGUCCAGGCCGCCAACUCUACCCUUGCCACCGGUGGUGCUUUCCAGGAUGUCGUCGACAAGCUCCAGAUCAUGUCUGUCCAGGGUAAGGCCGCUGCUAACAACAUCGACUUGAUCAACCAGAACCGUUGCACCAACGUUCUCCCCAACAUCGAUGCCUACAUGGCCUCCACUGGCUCCAGCUCCCAGGCUGUCCGUCCCCAAGUUUGCGACCAGACUGGUGUUGCUGGUGGUGUCCAGAGCAACGGAGCUACUCUCCCUGGCCAGCCCGCUGGUACUCCCCAGGCUGCUUUCGCCGCCGCUCAGGCUCUUCAGCAAGGUACCGGCAACGGUCAGCUUGACCUCCAGACCAACGGUAUCCCCGCUGCUCAGGCCGCCGCCCAGGCUGGCAACCCCGCUCCUCAGUCUGGUGCCACCAACGGCCAGCAGACUGGCACCAACGGACAGCAGACUCAGACCGGCGCUAACGGCCAAACUGGAAACACUCAGACGGGUGCCAACGGCCAGACUGGCAAUACUCAAACCGGCACUGGAAAUACUCAGACCGGCACUGGUAACACUCAGACCGGCACUGGCAACACUCAGACUGGCGCCAACGGACAGACUGGCACUGGCAACACUCAGACUGGCACUGGCAACACUCAGACCGGCACUGGCAACACUCAGACCGGCGCCAACGGACAGACUGGCACAGGCAACACUCAGACAGGCACUGGCAACACUCAGACCGGCGCCAACGGACAGACUGGCACAGGCAACACUCAGACCGGCACAGGCAACACUCAGACUGGCACAGGCAACACUCAGACUGGCGCCAACGGACAAACUGGUACGGCCAACACUCAGACCGGCACCAACACUCAGGGUACACAGGGAACCAACGGCCAGCAGACAGGUAACACCCAAGGUACCCAGACUCAGAGCGGCGCUGCUACUGGAAACACCGCUGCCGGUGGUGCUGCUUCUCAGGGCACUGCUACCGGUGCUGCUGCCGCUGCCUCUUCCUCUGCUGCCGCUGGUGGCAAGAAGGGCGGCAAGGGCAACAAGAACAACAACUAAGCGUCUUCUCAGGAUGCUAGCGGAGAAGUGAGGGCGUUGUGACUGGCUCACGGAUUAUCUUCUCUGCAUGAAUAGAUGAC